AUGGUGAUGGAUCAGUUUGGCCACGGCCAGGCAGUGCAACAUUUCGUUCUGGAACGCAAUGCCGAUUGGCACAUGGACAAAGCUGUAGAGCAGUUUCAGUUAGCCAACGACUGGGAGCGGACGAAGGUCAUAAUGGUGGAUAAGGACCUGACAGAAAUUGGAGGCGAGCCAAUGCGUGACGACAAGAAAUACGACACGUACCGGAGUGGAAUUCUCAAACAGAUGGACCACUGCGUUUCAAACAUGGUAUAUACCAAAUCUGAAGAUGAAUUUGAUCAACACGCGACUGAGUUCAAGCAUCUUGCGUGUCGGGAAAACCGUGAUUCUCUGUGGAACUACUUUGACAAGAACUGGGUUGCCUGUAAGGACAUGUGGGUUACUGUAUACCGUAUGAAUCUACCGCACUUCCGCAACAAUACCAAUAACAGGUUGGAAAGUUUCUUCGGGAAGCUAAAAGCCGAUCUGGAUAGCUCAAUGUCCAUGCGGGAGUGCCUGGAGGCAACAAUUCGCGACCAACGUCCAAAAGAAGACGAAUAUGUAACCCGAGUCGUCAUGCCUGGAACUCGUCGCGACCUGACGUACGAUGAUGAGAUGAACCAACUUUUUGAUAUGACGAGUGAAUGGUUAGCAGAUGUGUUCGAGCCAGAGUACAAGUUUGCAGUGAAUCCUGAGUCUGCGAAGAUGUAUAAUAUCGACGAUGAAGACCUCUAUGUCAACUUUGUUCGGGACGGACAAGUAUCGCGUCGACAAAUACAACUGGAUGUGUACCUGUGGUUGAGAGUCGGAUCGUUAGAUGAGGAAAUCGCUGCGGUGGACGUUCCACUGCGUAUCUCAUCUACCAGUGUUCACGAAAGACGAAAGAAGCGCAUGACUGGGCGUGAUAAGUUGAAGGCAGCUCAGAGCGUGUUCAGCCGAUUAAGCACGGAACUGACGGACCUACCUGACGACAAGUUUGUCGCCGUGCUUGAUAACUUGGAGAGAUGA